CACCCAUACCAUGUUUUCUAACAUGCUCAUUCUCUCUUCUUCACACCCAUUUUCUCUAUUUUAAACACACCGAGAUUAUCAUUUUCUAGUAACUAGCUAUUUCUGGAAAUCCAAAUCACUAAAAUACAUUGAGUUUGUCAUUUCUAUUUUGAAACACAGUUCAUACUUACAAAUGGAAGAACCCACAAGCAAGAAGGAAAAGGUUAUUAACAACAAUAUCAAUAUACCUUAUGAUGUUGCACUGAGUAUUCUAUCAAGGUUGCCCGUGAAAUCUUUGAAGCGAUUUGGGUGUGUGCACACUUCGUGGUCAAAUUUGAUAGAAAACCCUAAAUUUUUGAGUAUGUAUUUACAAAACUGGUCUUCCAAAGAUGACGAUGGUUCACCAAUUCUCUUAUGGCAACAAGUCCCGGAAGGUCUUCCAAAUCUUCUUUUGAUUUCUGGUGAGAGGUUUGAGAAAAAGGUAAAAUUUGAUUGGCCACCUCCUUGUCUAGAGGAGGAUGUCGAAUUUAUUACAAUUCUUGAUUAUUGCGACAAUGGUACAAUUGGUCUUAUUCGUAGCAAAGGUAGUUAUGGUGAUGAAAAUGUUGUGUUGUGGAACCCCAUAACUAAGGAAUUUAGGGUCAUUCCUUCUAGAUUGUCCCAAGUGCAAGGUACAAGCUUUUCAUUUAUGGUUCAUACUCCUGGGUUUUGGUACGAUAAUGUCAAUGAUGAUUAUAAGUUGCUUCAGCAUGCUGCUUGCUUUUUAGAUGAUUUAAAAGAAACAAAGUACUUUUGGCAAAUCUAUAGCCUGAAAAGCAACUCUUGGAAAAAACUUGAUCUUGAUACAAUUUGUGCUUCUAAGAUAUGCAAACCAAUGGGUCCUAUGGUGAACUUGAAUGGGUCAUUACAUUGGUGGGGCACCAAGCACCAUGACAUAGCAACAAAAGAAGACCUGUUGAUAUCAUUUGACAAGAGCAAUGAGAUGUUCCACAUAACACCAAUAGAUUGCCCUACAAACUCUUAUUAUGUGAAUAGAUACUUGGCGGUGUUCAAUGGGUCCAUUGCAGUGAUUUCUAACUAUUUCAAGACUAAUAUCCUAGACAUAUCAAUUUUGGGGGAGAUUGCUGUCAAGGAGUCAUGGACCAAACUUUUGACCAUUACACCCUUACCCUGUUUUGAGUUGCCAAUUUUUGUUGGAAACAAGGGUAUUAUAUUCUUCAUAAAAGAGGAUGGUGAGUUGGGCUGCUUUGAUUUUAGAACCCAAUUGUCUAAGGAGAUUGGUAUUAGAGGAGUAAAUUAUAAUUCUAAAAUUUUAAUUUAUAGUGAAAGCUUUGUUCCUUUUGAAGGAAUAAAGUAUUAG